CGCCUUGGAGAGGAGGGUUACGAGUUCAUCGAUGAACUUGCGACACAUGCCGUGGGAGGAAGGGACGGAGGAACGAUGGCUCUGAAAGGAGUCUUCAAGGAACGACUUCUUCAGAUCGUUUCGGUGGCUACACAGGUGGCCAUAUCUCGGCGAGUGCAGAGGUACAAGCUCGCAUUGCGCGGGCGUCAAGACGCCGAAAACAGGCGAACAAGAUCGACCUCGGACCAGUCAACGCCAAUGAUAUGGGGAUGGAGUGUAGACGCAUCGUAGAACGCGUUUUCGUUUGAAGUUGACGUCUUGUUUGAGAGUAGAUGUGACAGAUUUGCGUAGAAUAGGGUAAGAUGUUAUCAUGAACGGAGAUGAAAGGGCUUUUCCAACACGGAGAUGUAGCAUGGAUCAAAGCAUUUAUUUGUUGGAUAUCAGCAUUUACAAGAGGACAUCAACGCAAGUAGUAUUUUAGCAAGCUUACGAACGCAUGUAGGAUACCAUGAGGAUUGUCAUUGGUUGUAUUUCAAAUUCAAGAGGAGAUAUUUUUACGAUGUAAGUGACAGUAGAAAUAUGUCCUACAUAUGUUGUUGUACUUCGUAUUGGUUUAAUAUUCAUGUGGAGUAUGAGACAUUAAGUGAAAGUUUUCUGAGGUACAUCUGCAAUUGUCGGGAGGCAAAAAAGAAAAAAAUACAAGAGAUGUUUGUCCGUGCGCCACGGUUCGAUGCCGUCCGCCUGCUCCGGUUCCGCUGCUCCGGUGCCGCUGCUCCGGUGCCGCUGCUCCAGUGCCGCUGUGGCCAGUCCUAGCACGACCAAACUCGACCCGCUCCGCUUCGUGCACGCUCUCGUUGCUGUCCUUCCCAGUCGGUUCCUCGCUUUCUCC